AUGACCCCUUUUCAGCUCGUAUACGGUAAAGCCUGUCAUAUGCCAGUUGAGUUGGAACAUAAGGCAUUAUGGGCUAUCAAGGCAUUGAACUACGACCUCAAGUCGGCCUCAGAGAAGCGCGUCUUACAACUCCACCAUCUCGAGGAAAUUCGUCUCGACGCCUACGAGAAUGCAAAAAUCUACAAGGAACGCACCAAGCGAUGGCACGACCGCCACAUCAUUCAUCGCUCCUUCCAGGUAAAUGAUCGUGUCCUUGUCUUCAAUUCUCGUCUGAGACUAUUUCCAGGGAAGCUGAAAUCUAGGUGGUCCAGCCCGUUCACGAUAAAAAACGUUGCCGACCAUGGUGCGCUCGAACUCUGGAAUUCCGAUGGAAAACCAUUCAAGGUAAACGCCCAACGAGUGAAGCUUUACAAUCCCGAGGAUCCGACCCCCGAGAGGCACUCUUCCUCUCUCCAUCCCUCACAUCGUCUAAUCCCAUCAUGUUUUCCUUGCACUCUCACUCUCCACACAGGGUGCACCUUCACUGAGACAGCAUGA